UGCCUCUCGCCAUUGCCGGGAUGACUAGUCAGGUCCAGCAUGUGGUCGUGGCUUCGCUGCCUCGAUUCCCGAAAAGUUUUUUUCUUCUUAUCCUGAAACACGGAACAUAAAAAAGUUGAAGGGGUUUCUUAAAACAAGAAAAAAGAUCAAAAGGCAAAUCCACCGUUGGAUACCAACCGGCGCCUCUGUCUGCACCACCACCGUCCGCAGACAUGAAUCUCAAUUCCCGAAAGAAUGCCGGGGCACCAGGAUCCAUGGAUACUUCUAAGUCGCCGACUUGCAGCAAUGAAGAUGCUUUCCUGCGUGAAGGCAUCGGAUUGGUCCUAAAGACUUCGCCAUGUGAUCGCUGGUGCAGAGAUUCUUCCUGCGUGUUUGCGACGUUGAGAGCCGCCGUUCUAGAGCCGGGCUGUCUUCGUCGGUUGAGUUCGCGUUUGGUCUUUGGUCGACGCUUGAAUUCCCUUUGCAGCAGUCAGGCUCUCGAACAGCCUCUUCGUUCGCCUCGGACAGCACGCAGGGAAUCUCGUUCCCGUCCGUUCGUUCGGGAUCUCCUGCCACCAUCCGACACUGAAGGAGGAAAUAUUUGGUCCGAGCAGAAUCAUGUUUCUUUUUCUCCAUUUAUUGUUCGAGUGAACACCAGAGACUCGAUUUGGUUUAGGAAAAUCAAGCUCAGACCUUGCCUGAUGCCCCUGUUCAAUUCCAGUAAAUAGUUGUGCAGAUAUGAUUAG